UUGCUCUCUUCAGCAGCACAACCGUUUGGCAGGAUGAGCGUGCCUGAGAGCGGCACUUCCAAGCGGUGGGUGCCGGCAGCGAUGUCCCUGCUUUGGAUCCUCUGCCUGUGCCUCUCAGUGGAGUCAAAGAAGUGGCCCAAGGACUCCAAAUGUCCCACGUCCUGCUCCUGCACCAAGGACAGUGCGUUCUGUGUGGCCUCGAAAUCCAUCCCACAAACCUUUGCUGAGAACUUGAUCUCCUUAACUUUUGUGAAUGCAAAAUUCAGUCAAAUUCCUGAAUGUGCCUUUUCCCACCUUCGAACCCUACAAUUCCUCUUGCUGAAUUCAAACACCUUCAACCUGAUCGGAAAUGAUGCAUUCAAUGGCUUAUCUCACCUCCAGUAUCUAUUUAUAGAGAACAACAACAUCCAAUCACUCUCCAAAUACACCUUCCGAGGGCUCAAGUCUCUCAACCACCUAUCAUUGGGAAACAACAAUCUGCUGACACUUCCCAGAGACAUCUUCAUGGAUCUUCAUGUUUUGACACAUUUGGAUCUCCGUGGGAAUGCUUUCCAUUGUGAUUGUAAAGUAAAAUGGCUGAUAGAAUGGCUACAGACGACCAACACAACAGUCGCUCCUGUGUACUGUACCAGCCCAAAUGAAUAUCAGAAUGUCAGGAUAAGCCAUCUGCCAAUCAAGGACUUUGACUGUAUCAGAACAGAAUUCACUACGUAUCAAACCCUACCAUUCCAGGCUAUCUCAGUUGAGUCCUUCCUAUACGCAGAUGACCUAUAUGUAACAUUUGCCCAAGCAAACAAUGGGAACUGCACUUUCUUCAUGUGGGAUCAUGUUGAAAUGGUCUUCAGAGAGUCUGAUAACAUCUCUGCCCAUGCUGCUGUGUACUGUAAGCCGCUGGUGAUCGAGGGAGAGCUGUACAUUGUCGUGGCACAGUUGUUCAGAGGCUCCCACAUCUUCCGCUGGGACAGCUACGGGGGGAUGUUCAUCAAGAUCCAGGACAUUGACACCACCAAAAUUCGCAAGCCUAACGACAUUGAGACGUUCACGAUCGAUGGGGUCUGGUACUUUGUCAUCGCGGACAGUUCAAAGGCUGGGGCAACCACCAUCUACAAGUGGAACAAAGGCGGGUUUUACUCUCACCACUCGCUGCACCCAUGGCACAGGGACACAGACGCCGAGUAUGUCGAGAUGGACAAUAAACCCAAGCUGAUCCUCUCCAGCAGCACCCAAACACCAGUCGUCUACCAGUGGAACAAAGCCCAAAGGCAGUUCACCUAUCUCACCGAAAUCCCCAACAUGCAGGAUGUCCACGCUGUGAAGCACUUCAGAAUCAAGAAGGCUGUGUACCUCUGCCUGUCUCGCUUCAUCGGCGACUCCAAGGUGGUGAGGUGGGAGAACCAGCGGUUCACCGAAGUCCAGGCGCUGCCCUCAAGGGGCACCAUGAUCGUCCAGCCUUUCCGGGUGGCGCAGUGGCAGUAUGUGGUGCUGGGGAGCGACUUCUCGUUUUCCCACGUCUACCUGUGGAACCCUGAGAAGCAGAGCUUCGGCCGCUUCCAGGACUGGAGCAUCCGAGCUCCACGAGCCUUCCAGCUCGUACUCAUCGAUGACAUGCACCUUGUGCUGGCUUCCAGUUUUAAAGGGAACACAAUCAUCUACAGACACAUGGUGGUAGACACGAGUGCCUAAGAACGCAACCCAAACGAGUUGCGUUUCAACCAGCAGAUUAGUUUCAGAUUGUCACCCAUUUGGUUCAAAGUAGACAGUCCUGUUUCUGAGAGGGGGUGGGGGGGGGGGGGCGAAUGUCCCUGCUUUUCCAAAAUGCAAACUAGGCAUGAGAAGUUUGACUUUUAAUAGCAGUCUGUUUUUCCCACUAAAUCUGAGUCUUAUCCUGUAUAGUCAAUAGUUAUCAAGAUUACUAAAGUCUGCAAAGCAAAUUGUCAGAACCUAGGCCAAUGAUCCAACUCCUCCUAGGCCUCGUGUUGCCGUCUAAUACUCAAAUGCUGACGUCUCCCCCGCUACGCACCCACCUUGCCUCCUGACUUAUCGACUGAUUCUCAAUGCUUAUUAUUUUGCUCUGGCCACUGCUCUUGCUGUCAGGAACUGGAGCAUCCACCGAGCUGGCCGAUAUCAGACUGGUCAUCCCAGCGCAGAUUGGUAACUUGGCAAAGUCAUCCUGCAUCAGUGCAGUCACGUUAUCGUUCACCAAUAAACCGCGGCUUCGUCUGCCUCCUCAGGUGGAUGUAAAAGACCCUGUGACGCUAUCAAAAGAAUAGCAGGGGGUUCUCCUGGUGUUCUGGCUAAAAUGUACCCUGCAAGUCGACGUUUCCCAGCAGAGAAUAACCGAUCAUUCAGCACGUGGCUGUCUGUGCACAUUGGUUACCACACUUCCUACAAAACAGUGACCGCCAUGUCAAAAGGGAUUACAUAGCUGUGAAGUUCUUUGAAAUGUCCUAUGAAGGUGAAAGGCGCUAUAUUAAUGCAGUGGUUUUUUUUGUCUUUUUCCAUUUUCCUUAGAUCUGCCCUUUUAAUUUUUAGCUAUUCAUGCUUUAUUCUUUGUUCGUUCUAAUGGUUUGACUUGAAUAAGAUGAUUUGCCUUGAUACUGCCUCUGUGUGUUUGUUUCAUUUUUCUUAUAUACUUUCCCCUUUCUGAACCUAUUAUUGUGCAUGGAUGUUUUUUGCUUUAUCAGUUCUGAUCGAGCCACCUGUCAACAUAAGCUUAUGAUGUUGCUGUUUGUUGGAGCUGGGCGUGUGUCUUAACAGCGACCGCACUUUGGGAGAUUGUGAAGGGCAACAUAAAGAUGCAAGUCUUUCUUUCUGUACUCUCUCCAGGUGCUGAUUCACCUUGCUGUAUAUUGUUUUUGUUCAAGAUACCCAACGUAUUUUGUAUUUGGCUUUCAUUGGCCAAUACUUUCGUUCCUUAAUCUCGUAAAAGACAUUUCAAAUACCUUUCUUUGGGACAUUGAGCGUUCUUUGCAUGAGGUUAGACCAAGUGGGAGAACGAUGAAAUAAGCAUUCGCUGUUUUAUGGAACUAUUUGUUUUAGGGUUUCCUGCUGGAAACACAUGUUAUGAACAUUUUGCUUCCCCUUUUUCAAAUAUGUACAUGUUUACAGUCCUGUAACAUUGGCAAAACCAACUUCGGCAAAUGUUUUAAUGCAGUAUGUUUUAAAACCGAUUGACAGAAUUGUUUAGAACAAUGUAGCAUUCCUUCUUUCACAGUAUUCUGCAAUAAACUG